AUGUUGCGCUAUUCUAGCCGUUCUGCUGCUUCCAAGUCGAUGGUUUCACUGCCUCCUUACUAUGAGCUCCAGAAGGACGAGGUGCACUGCUUUCUAGGACCAAAUGGCAGCGGCAAGACGCAGUUUUUGACCAAGUUACAGCUCCACGUGAAGACGCAACAGGCACAAGGAAAACUUGAAAUGUCUUUGCGUCUAGCAAGUCUCAGUCUCGAUGCUCAUCGAGAGUUUGUAGCGAAGCAUGGACGUCGCGUGGUGGCCGAUGUGCUGGGCGGUAUCGGUUCUCCCAAAGCACGGGACCUUAUCGUGCGUCUCGGUCUCUUUCCGGUGUGGGAGCAGCAAGUGCGUCACUUGUCGACGGGUGAAAUGAGAAAGAUGAUGCUUGCUGUGUCGCUGCUAGAAAGUCCCCGAGCUUCAGUGUUGAUCCUCGAUCAACCGUUUGAUGGACUGGAUGUGAAGGCGAGGAGACAGCUGCAAUGGAUGCUUGGAGAAUUAACGAGAGGAUUUACAAGGCUGUUGGUCGAGACGACGGGCGCUAAGCACGAGGCGUUUGCGUACAAGACGCAGGUGUUGGUAGUUGCCAACCGCCUGGAUCAAGUGUUUCCCGAGAUCUUUACGCACACAGUAUUGAUGAAACAGGGUGGAGACACACCGUUUGAGAUGCUGGCGUGA